AUGUUAUUCAAAUCAAUCAUUUCUUUAUCAAAUUCAUCAAAAUCAUUAAAUAAUAAAAUUAAUAAUGAUAAUGAAAAUAAUAAUUUAGAAUUUUCAUCAAAUAAAACUACAAUUAAUCCAUAUUCAGUCUUUAGUUAUAGUCGUCCAUUAUGGAAUUGCUAA